GGUGCUAUCCUUGGGCCUACAUUUCCAGACUUGGCAAGCAAUGUGAACCUCAACAUUAGCAGCCUGUCUAUGAUCUUUGUGGGCCGAGCCUCUGGGUUUCUAUGCGGCAGCCUGAUUAGUGGGGUUCUCCUUGACUGUAUGAAUCAUGUUUUACUUUUGGGUGUGUCAAUGUUGGCUACCGCAGUUGGGCUUUAUCUCACUCCUUUCUGCAAGAAGGCUUUCUCACUGAUAGGCAUGAUGGCCAUCUUCGGUGUGGCAGUUGGUGUUGUGGAUACAGGUGGGAACGUCCUCAUCUUGGAUCUCUGGGGGGACAAAGGAGCCCCCCACAUGCAGGCCUUGCACUUCAGUUUCGCCUUGGGUGCCUUCCUGGCUCCCCUGCUGGCUAAAUUGGCCUGGGGUACAACAGCAUCUGCUCAGAACCACACAGAGUCCGACUUUGACCCUCCAAUGCUGAACCGAUCCUCUGAAGCCGCCACAGGCUCUCUGUUCGCGGUUCCCGAUAAUAUGAAUCUGCUGUGGACCUAUGCCUCCAUCGGCACCUAUGUUUUGGUAAUUUCUGUCUUUCUGUUUGGUCUGUUUUGUAAGAAACGUUCAAGGCAGAAAAAAUCCACAGCGUCUGCGCAGGGAGCUCGAAGGGCUAAAUACCACAGGGCCCUGCUCUGCCUCCUCUUCCUCUUCUUCUUCUUUUACGUGGGAGCCGAGGUGACCUAUGGCUCUUACAUUUUCUCCUUUGCCACCAGCCAUGUUGGCAUGGAAGAAAGCGAGGCAGCUGGCUUGAACUCUGUCUUCUGGGGGACCUUUGCAGCCUGCAGGGGCCUGGCCAUCUUCUUUGCAACACUCUUAAAGCCUGGAACCAUGAUUGUGUUGAGCAACAUUGGCAACCUGACCUCAUCUUUAUUCCUGGUGCUUUUUGACAAGAACCGUCUUUGUCUCUGGAUUGCAACUUCUGUGUAUGGAGCCUCGAUGGCAGCCACAUUUCCCAGCGGCAUUUCCUGGGUGGAGCAGUACACUAGCAUAAGUGGGAAAGCUACAGCGUUCUUUGUGAUUGGUGCUUGUCUGGGAGACAUGGCCAUUCCUGCAGUGAUCGGAAUUCUUCAGGGAUACUACCCAGACCUGCCAGUAGUUCUGUACACGGGUCUGGGGUCAGCCAUCUUCACUGCUGUUUUAUUUCCUGUGAUGUAUAAGUUGGCCACCUUACCCCUGGAACGCCAGCACAAAGGAAGAUGAAAGAGUGAGGACCGGCAAGCUCUGCUUUCCAGCGCUGAGCUAAAUGACUGUGAGAAAGAAAAUAAGUGGAAACAUGCAGAAAAGUGGAACGGAAUGUAUUCUGAAGUAAUUUAAAUAAAGAAUAUGAGGCUUUCUGUAAUAGAGUGCUCUAGAAAUAUGCUGACGUGA